UUUAGCAAUGCUCACAGCAUGCAAUCUCACAACUUUGAAUUGAGACUACUCCAUGGAAAUGGAAGCCAUCACCUAUCUUCCAUUUCUGAUUACUUUCUUGGCUUUGGUUUCCAUUUUCUUCAUCCAAAAAACCAAGAAAAACCUCCCUCCCUCCCCUCUAGCUCUCCCAAUUCUUGGCCAUCUUCAUCUCCUCAAACACCCAAUCCACAGAACACUCCACAAUCUCUCCCAAAAAUACGGUCCAAUCUUCACCCUCCGACUCGGCUCCCGCCUUGUCGUCGUCGUCUCCUCCAUAUCCGCCAUUGAAGAAUGCUUCACGACAAACGACAUUGUUUUCGCCAACCGCCCCGAGUUUGUUUCCGGCAAGUAUCUCACCUAUGGAAACUCCACACUCGGGGCUGCUCCAUACGGCGACCACUGGCGCAAUCUAAGACGGUUGAGUGCAACCGAAAUAUUGUCAACCAUACGGUUGAACAUGUCAGCGAGAAUCCGAAAAGAAGAGAUCGGUAUUCUGAUAAAGAAAUUGAAUAGAGUUUUGGGUACGGAAUUUGGGAAAGUGAAGUUGAAAUCGUUGUUUUCGGAAUUGACAUUUAAUAUCAUAAUGAGAAUGUUGGCAGGGAAAAGGUAUUAUGGGGAAGAAGUGAGUGAGUUGGAAGAAGCUAAGAAGUUUAGAGAAAUUAUGGAGAGGGCGUUUCAAUUGGGUUCAUACCCAGGGGAUUUUUUGCCAUUUUUGAAAUGGGUUGAUUGGCAAUAUACAAAAAGAGUUGAAAGUCUUGGGAAAGAUACGGAUUGGUUUUUGCAGAAUUUGGUGGAUGAACAUCGGAGAAAUGAAGAAGAAGGGGAAAAGGGAAAUACAAUGAUCAGUCAUCUCCUUUGCUUGCAGAAGACUCAACCUGAUUAUUAUACUGAUGAAAUUAUCAAAGGCCUCAUUGUUACAAUUCUAUCAGCAGCAACAGAAACAUCAUCAGUGACAAUAGAGUGGGCAAUGUCGAAUCUCCUCAACCAUCCAGAAGCACUAAAAAAGGUAAAGGAUGAACUCGACAAACAAAUCGGACAAGAUCGUAUACUAGAUGAAGAAGAUAUCUCCAAUCUACCAUAUCUCCAGAAUGUAAUUUCAGAGACACUACGCCUUUAUCCACCAGCUCCACUCUUAGCUCCUCAUUUAUCAUCGAGCAGUUGUUCUUUAGGAGGAUACCAUAUUCCUGCUGACACUAUGUUAAUGGUGAAUGCAUGGGCUAUCCAAAGGGAUCCUAAGGUUUGGGAGGACUCGACGAGCUUUAAGCCCGAGAGGUUCGAGAGUGAUCAUCAGGGUCGAGAAGGAAGCAAUAACAAUAAUAAUGGUUAUAGCUUCUUGCCAUUUGGAUUGGGGAGGAGGGCUUGCCCUGGGAUGGGGAUGGCUAAUCGUGUGGUGGGAUUGACUUUGGGUUCAUUGAUACAAAGCUUUGAGUGGAAGAGAGUUAGUGAAAAGGAAAUUGAUAUGACUGAAGGUCAAGGAAUUUCUAUGCCUAAAGUUGAGCCAUUGGAGGCCUUGUGUAGAGCUCGUCCCAUCAUCAAAAAGCUUGCAUUAGAUGAUUAAUGAUUUAGGGUGCUUGUUGUUUUCAACAAUAGUAAUGUUAGCUAUCAUUUUGACGUCGAAAACAAUUUGUUCAUCUUACAAGUUAAGUGGAAGAAUGGAAACCACUCUAUUGAAUUUCAAUAAGAUGUUUUUUUGUUGGAAAACGAUCAUGAUCCAAUAGACUAAUAUCAUAGUUUAAUUUUA